AGCGGCCCCUCCCCCCCCCGGCUGGGCCGCGGUCGGUGCCUGGCAGCCUGAGGGUCGGCGCCGCCAUCGCCAUGGGCACCCGCGACGACGAGUACGAUUACCUCUUCAAAGUUGUGUUGAUUGGAGACUCUGGAGUUGGGAAGAGUAAUCUUCUGUCACGUUUCACACGCAAUGAGUUCAACCUGGAGAGUAAGAGCACCAUUGGGGUGGAGUUUGCCACCAGGAGCAUCCAGGUGGACGGGAAGACGAUAAAAGCCCAGAUCUGGGACACGGCAGGCCAGGAGCGGUACCGAGCCAUCACCUCGGCGUACUACCGCGGUGCUGUGGGGGCUCUGCUGGUCUACGACAUCGCCAAACACCUCACCUACGAGAACGUGGAGCGCUGGCUGAAGGAGCUGCGGGACCAUGCGGACAACAACAUCGUCAUCAUGCUGGUGGGCAACAAGAGCGACCUGCGCCACCUGAGGGCCGUGCCCACCGACGAGGCCAGAGCCUUUGCAGAAAAAAAUAAUUUGUCUUUCAUUGAAACUUCUGCUCUGGAUUCAACAAACGUAGAGGAAGCCUUCAAGAACAUCCUUACAGAGAUCUACCGCAUCGUCUCGCAGAAGCAGAUCGCAGACCGCUCGGCGCACGACGAGUCCCCCGGCAACAACGUGGUGGACAUCAGCGUGCCCCCGACCACCGACGGACAGAAAUCCAACAAACUGCAGUGCUGCCAGAACCUGUGACCUCCUCGGGCUGCCUCCCGCCCCCUCCGCCCCUCCUCUGUGCUUCAUCUAGAAACCUGUGUGCACUUCUUACCUCCUGUGAUUCAGUGACUCCCUCCUUGAGACCCCACCCCGAGCUCCUCCCCUCCCCAUCUCAUCUUAGGGCUUUAACUGUAGGGCUAACAUCCCCCUGCCUCCGAACCCCUUCGGUGUGCUGGCUCCUGGGCUUGACAUGUAGGCACUGAUCCGAUAGACCUGUUUGUGUUGGGACAUCUGCUGCUGGACAUCAUCCCAUGGGAAGCUCUCCCCGGAUGCUCUGGGUUGCUGGGGUUGGUUUUGUUGUGGAGUUGUUACUGUUGCUGGGAUCUGUUGUGGAGUUUUGUUGUUGUUGUUCCUGGGGUUUCUUGUGGAGUUUUCUUCUUUGCUGGGGUUUGUAUUGGAGUUGUUUUGUGUUGCUGGGGUUUGUUGUGGAGGUUUUUGUUGCUGGGGUUUAUAUUGGAGGAGGGUUUUUUUGUUGCUGGGGGUUGUAUUAGAGUUGUUUUUCAUUGCUGGGGUUUAUUGUGGAGGUUUUUUGUUGCUGGGGUUUAUAUUGGAGGAGGUUUUUUGUUGCUGGGGGUUUACAUUGGAGUUGUUUUUUCGUUGCUGGGCUUUAUUUCGUUGUGGAUUUUUUUCUUGCCGAGUUGUUUUGGUUGUGGUUUUGUCUCUGUUACUGUUGGGGUUUAUUUUGUUGUUGUUUUUAUCUGGGAGAGAAACCAUGGGGACUCGACUAACAGUUGAAGAAAUGACUACAUUUAGGUGAUAAGGUUUUUUUUUCCCCCUCCCCUAGGCAGAUAUUGUUACUAUUAUUAUUAUUUUGUGUUUGUGUGACCAUGGGGGGAGAAAUUAAAAGGAAACAGCUACCCUACCAACUGCUCUGCUUUCUGUCCUGAUGAAGGCUCCCAGGGAGGGUUUUAGUGGCUGCACACAGGUGAGGAAGCUGUUGAAGAUCACCUGCCUUGCUCUCUGCUCACCUCAUGCAGUCAGGCUGGCUCUGUAGUGUACAGCUUCCUGCUUGGGAACUCCUCUCUCUUUCUCUCUCUCACUCUCUUUCUCACUCUCUUUCUCACUCUCUUUCUCACUCUCUUUCUCACUCUCUUUCUCACUCUCUUUCUCUCUCUUUCUUUUUCUCUCUCUCUUUUUCUCUCUCUCUCUCUUUCUCUCUCUCUUUCUCUUUCUCUUUCUCUCUCUCUCUCUUUUUCUCUCUCUCUCUCUUUCUCUCUCUCUUUCUCUCUCUCUUUCUCUCUCUCUCUUUCUCUCUCUCUUUCUCUCUCUCUUUCUCUCUCUCUUUCUCUCUCUCUUUCUCUCUCUCUUUCUCUCUCUCUCUCUCUCUCUCUCUCUCUUUCUCUCCCUCUUUCUCUCCCUCUUUCUCUCCCUCUUUCUCUCCCUCUUUCUCUCCCUCUUUCUCUCCCUCUUUCUCUCCCUCUUUCUCUCCCUCUUUCUCUCCCUCUUUCUCUCCCUCUUUCUCUCCCUCUUUCUCUCCCUCUUUCUCUCCCUCUUUCUCUCCCUCUUUCUCUCCCUCUUUCCCUCUUUCUCUCCCUCUUUCUCUCCCUCUUUCUCUCCCUCUUUCUCUCCCUCUUUCUCUCCCUCUUUCUCUCCCUCUUUCUCUCCCUCUUUCUCUCCCUCUUUCUCUCCCUCUUUCUCUCCCUCUUUCUCUCCCUCUUUCUCUCCCUCUUUCUCUCCCUCUUUCUCUCCCUCUUUCUCUCCCUCUUUCUCUCCCUCUUUCUCUCCCUCUUUCUCUCCCUCUUUCUCUCCCUCUUUCUCUCCCUCUUUCUCUCCCUCUUUCUCUCCCUCUUUCUCUCCCUCUUUCUCUCCCUCUUUCUCUCCCUCUUUCUCUCCCUCUUUCUCUCCCUCUUUCUCUCCCUCUUUCUCUCCCUCUUUCUCUCCCUCUUUCUCUCCCUCUUUCUCUCCCUCUUUCUCUCCCUCUUUCUCUCCCUCUUUCUCUCCCUCUUUCUCUCCCUCUUUCUCCCCAUCGUUUUGGUUUGGGAACAAUGAAGGUGUCUCUGCUGCUUUCCCUGCCAGCAGGAAGGCCUGGACUGCUCCUGCAGGCUCUGUGAAGCAGCUCAGUGUUUAUUCGUGGCUUAUGUUAAUCAGUUUCAAACGUUCUUGUGCAGGAAGUGCCAGCAAAGUGAUUUCAGGACCCUUCUGCAACCUGUAGGCUCGUUCUGUAGGGCGGCUCAGUGUCUGAAGCAGGAUCUUCUGUAGCUCCAGGGUUUGUUUGGGUUUGGUUGUUUUCUUUUGCAUGCUGCUUCCCCCCCCCCUCUAGAUCUCCCCUUCCCCCUGUUCUGAGUGAGUGGAGCAAUAUUUUCAUGUCAUGUGUAUAUAUACCUGCACUUGCAAGGGUUUUGGUUGUUGUAGAGAAACACUUUAUACAUUUUGUAAGACUUCUGCAGAACCAUCACACCCUGAACUCUUCCUCUUCAUGACCUCCCACUAUUGACCUUGUGCAGAAUCCUCUUCACCUCUACUAAAAUACUUAAUAUUAAGGUUUCACAUAACUGCUAACCUCUUGUUUGCCUCUUCCUCUGUUUGACUCGAUUGCAGACUGUAAUUCUCCAAUGAUUGUACUUCACCUGAUGUAACAGAGCCGUCAGCAGCAGGGCUAACUGCUCUCCUCUAACACUUUGUUUUGCUGAAGGGGAGGAACGUUAGCACAGCCCCUGCAGGCAGGCUUUUGCUAGCUUGUGGAAGUCUUCCCUGGUGGCUGCUCCUCCUGCACUAGCUCUCACACUUGCAUCCCCUCGGCUGAAUGUUCUGGUGAGGCAGCUCCCGGGUGAAGCUGCCUGAAGGAGGAGUUGGGAGACCAUCAGCUGCUCUCUGGAGGCCAGGAAGGCAAUUUGCAGUGAAUUUUUGCUCUGUAUUCUGAGCCUGUACCUCACUCGAUGAGUCCUACCUGCAUAUUAGUGAGUUGAUUCUUCUUUUCUGAUACAAAGCAAAUCUUGAAACUGUGAAUUGUGCUGGAAGGGGAAUUCUGACAUUCCAGUCUCAACUGUUCUGUCUGGUUGUGUAAUAAAAUUAAGGGCAGUUCACUCUGA